AUGAACUCUGAGUUUUCUGUCAACAUUCAUCCAGGUGCCACUGGCGACACCGAAAUGUUUGACUUUGAUUUCGAUACUGCAAUGGCAAACGACCCUCCCUCCUUCAACCACAACAGCUCAUCCGCGAUGAACGUCAACAACAACAAUAAUGAUUUUGAUUUUGGAAACCAGAUGACGGCACCGAUUGAUAUUGCCUAUCAGAGAUCUUCUCCCUUUGGAUAUAGAGGUCAGCAGCAGUCGCAGAAUACCAAUAAUACCAACAACAAUAACAACAUGAGUAGCAAUGUGAACAGUAAUACCAAUGCCAACCACAACAAUAACAAUAUCAAUAACAUUAAUCAAUUUUUGAAUAAUCCAAGGCUCAGGAGAGAAAGUAUUGCCCAUACUCAGGGGAUGGGUGGUGUCUCCUUCGGUUCCUUGACUAUUGGUAGCUGGCUUAAAGAUGAAGUGUUAUUCCACCAUAACGGCGUGCUUAAUAGCAAUGGUAAUCCAUCCAAUCAAAAUAAUAAUCAAAAUAAUCCGACUUUCAAUAUAUUAGGCAACUUAAACAAUAACCAAAACAAUGCAAUGUUGAAUAUGAACCAGGAUUUAAUGAUGACCAUGUCGCCUCCGCCCGUCAAUUAUUUGCCGAACCUUGAGGCGGACUACUGCAAAGAUUACAGCUGUUGUGGUGACAUACUACCGACUUUACACGAUUUAUUAAAACAUUAUGAAGAAGCUCAUAUAUCAAUUUCCCCUCCUCUGAAUGACUUGGUAGUCAAUGGGGAUGGUCAAGUGACUUCUAAUAAUAGCAAGAAUUUAAAACGCUCUAACGAUCUCAUGGAGGCAGUAUCUACCAAUGAAGUUUUCUUGUCAAAUAAUGCCAACAACAACAAUCAUAAUAAUGGCAGUGGUAUACAGGUGAAUAACGGGGUGAUGAACCUUGAUAAUAAUCUUCUUGGUAAUGCUAAUAAUCUAGAUAUUAACCAAAUGCAGCAACCCAACAACUCGAAUUCUCUUUUCACCUUUAAUGGCUCGUUGGGCCACCAAUUGAAUAAUAUUCAGGAUGGCUCCAAUGUGAAUAAUGUUCUCAUGAAGGAUAACAAUAACAGCAAUAAUAAUAACAAUAACAUUCAUCAAUUUGGAAAUUAUCAGCUCAACUCAUCUAAUCUUUCAAAUAAUCUUUCCAAUCAAUUUUCUCAGAAUAAUCAAAACAUGAACAUGAACAAUAAUUCCAAUAAUAAUGCCAAUCAAACUGAUAUCGAUCUCCAGACAUCUGGUAUAAAACCUAAUGGUGAUCAUUCGUCAAAUAAAAAUAUCAAAAAGGAUGAGGAUGAAGAGAUCUGUAUUGACGAUCCAGCCCGUCACCUUUAUGUGGAUGGAGAAAAUCGUCCUUUCAAAUGUCCAGUCAUUGGGUGUGAUAAGACUUAUAAGAACCAGAACGGUUUGAAAUAUCAUAAAGCUCACGGACACCAAAACCAAAAAUUAUUUGAAAACCCUGAUGGUACAUUCAGUGUUAUUGAUCCUGAAAGUAACCAACCAUAUCCUGAUGGUAGUUUCAACUUGGAGAAGGAUAAACCUUUUAGAUGUGAGGUAUGUGGUAAGCGGUACAAGAACUUGAAUGGUUUGAAGUAUCAUAGAGGUCAUAGUACACAUUAA